AUGGGCGAUCAGGUUGACACGGAUGCCCCAGAUCCGACUUUCAAUCCACCAACUCUCGCUGAUAUUCUUACUGUCCGGUCUGCCGGCUCCAUUUGGUACGACUAUGCGCGGGAGGUAGAGUCGGUGUCCCUGAGGCUAUCCGAUACCUCGGCCAUGUCGAAGAGUACCCUACUUGUGCCUGUCAAUAAAGCUGUGUUGGCAUUACACAGGAAGCCGCAUGAAGGCCCCGCGCCAGAUGGGGACGACAUGGAGAUCACGGAUGAGAAGACCCGGGUCAACGUGGAGCGCUGGGUAUCUGUCCACAUUAUUCCAGUAUGUCAUUUGUUGUCUCGUAACGCAUAUCCGACCCUCCUGGAUGGGCGGCACGUUUAUUUCAAGCAGAUAUCAGAAAGUGGAUGGAAAUGGGAGCAAUAUGCUGUUAAUGGGACUAUACGCAUCCUUGACCAAGUCCAUGCUUCCAACGGUGAUAUCUACUUUAUCAACGGUGUUCUGGAUGUUUGA